AGUUGUGUUCAACCCAUCCAUCGCACCGGACGGCGUUUUUCAUACCCUUAAACUGAGACAUCGGCGAUCCCCAAAAAUCAUCCUUGAAUUCGACUACAAGUGGGCUCCGUUAUAUGUAGUACCGAUGGUGGCUUUAUUUCUCCUCGACCGGAGCCCGUCGACCACCGAAGAGAGCGGACGUCAAAGAUGAACUUCACACACAGUCGUCGACCGAAGCUCUCAUAUCGGGGUCGAUGAAGUCACUCGAUUCCGGAGGCCCAAUAUCGGCCUCUAUGGCAGCUUCAUUGGGCCAGAACCCACCUCAAACUUCACUCCACCUGCUCGAGCACCCACCGAUCUCGAUGCAUCACACAGGAAAUCUUUCGUCGGGCGUUCAGCUCAUCCAUCACAACGUGUCUUCAGGAACUAUUACAAGCAGUUGUGAGGAUAAGCCUUCAUCAAAGCAGAAACGUCACCGUACAAGAUUCACCCCAGCUCAGUUGCAGGAACUCGAGCGAAGUUUCUCUAAAACCCACUACCCUGACAUUUUCAUGCGCGAAGAGCUCGCCAUGCGCAUCGGUCUCACUGAAUCGCGGGUUCAGGUCUGGUUCCAGAAUAGGCGGGCGAAAUGGAAAAAACGCAAGAAGAGCUCCUCGGUGUUCCGAUCGUCGGGCGGUCCCUUGCUGCCAUCGCAUUCUCUACCUCCGUUCGGGGUCAUGUCGUCUGCGGACACGCUGUGUUCUUUCGGUUCAGCCCCAGAACCUCCUCGAUGGCCGCCUCCACCACCGUCGUCGGUACCCUUGAAUCCGAUGCCGCCCCAGCUUCCUCCUCUGAACCCCUUACGACAGAGUCCCAUCUCGGCUCCCCCAACGAGUCUUGGACCUCCGUUGUCGCAGCCCAUUCUCCAAGAGUUCCGAAAGCUAUUCCGAGAUGGAGAUCGCCGCUCUAUAGCCUCUCGAUCGAGCUCCGUGGAUGGGGAAACACUCACCGAUGGCUUCAUCUUCCAGUCAACGACUUCUUGUUCAGGAAACGAUUUCGGGUAUCCCCAACUGCAGAGCUGGCCUUCGAUGCUGGAUUCGAACGUGCUCUGGAACUGA